UCAACACCGUUAAUCAUUCAAAUCAUCACUCGACUAUUAUUCAAUUACUUUUAUUCCAGAGUACUUACGAAUAAAAAUAUCGUACGAGAUUUUAUCUAUCGUUAUCUUCAUCUUUUUCAAAAAUGUACUUGUCCCAUUUUGAAAAUAAACGGCUCGUACGUGGGUGGCAGUUAAAGUGUUAAAACGAAUGGCAGCGGUGUAAAAAGCGGUCAAUUACGAACAGUAAGGGGUUGUUCUCCCGCUGCAAGCACGGUAGCAGAAUCGAGAGGAAUCCAGCUGAGAAGCCGGGCCCGGUAGACGUCGAACGAGUAGGAUUAUUCGAUGGUGGAUCGGGGCUGUAGCUGGGACAGAGGGGUCGGGGCCGAGGCCGGGGAACAAUGUCGGAAACGAGGAGGACGGUAUGCCGAGAUAUGCAGGAUAUCGCGCAGAACUGCGAUCCUUCGAGAUCGGUGCAGAGGCAGGGUUAUAGAGCGGUGGUGCGCGAGCGAGUAAAGCUAGAUACAUAUCCCCGUGCACCACCACCAACACCCCAUCCUCGUACCGACAGCAACACCGACAGAGACGGCGAACAACGUCCAAGUGUAUUAUCUGCGAGAGCGAGCACCGUUCCACCUAAAUAUGUAAUAAUAUCUACCGGAGAUACCAGCAUUCCUCGACCUCGAGAAGAAUUCGAUCAAAAUGUGUCGCGAUACUCUCACGGUAUGCCAGGUGAGCUACGCGCCUCUCCAUGCUACCCUUGCGCCUUCCUACGUCUUCUUCGACCCCCACAUUUCACCCCCUGCACCCUCGUUUGUUCGAACGGAAUCAGAUGCGGUAUCGGUAUUUCCAUGUUUCGCGUCUUUAUGCGACAGAACACUCUUGCCCGGAUUUCAACCUGCUGAGAACGAUCUUCCAGAAUUUCACUUAUCCGUUUAUUUGUUGUUACUGUUGUUUCACUAUUUAACCAGUUAACUGUGGCGAUCUUUUUGCAAAGUGCGCACCAGUGUGUGUCGCGAGA